GGUUUCUCGCUGAGGUUGGCUGUGGUGUCACUUGACAGCUAAACCAAACGUCAGAACAAAGGAUAAAAAUAAAAAUUAAUCAAAAUAGAUUAUUUCCAAAUGCUAUGCUAGUUCCCGUUAAAAUGCCCCUCAGUAAUGUAACAUAAAAUAAAAUGAUAGCAAAAAACUGCCCAAAGUGCGAUCAACAGGUACCUGUGGCUUGUAAGGCCUGCCCAUGUGGCCACUCGUUCUUUAAUUCGCGGAGGACUGCCCGCGUGCUGUCCCCAGGGGCAGAUAUCCGCAGACGCACCCAAAGAGUUAGGCGAGAGAAACCAAAUUAUUACGAUGCGUUAGAGUAUGAUAAACAAAUCAGGAAGAUCAAAACUCGGAACAGUGAGUGCGAGAAUGACGACGAAGGCGGCAAAAAAGACCCGAGCAAAAUUAAACGGAAAAAAGUCAAGAAGGAAGAGGAUGAAGAUGAUGACGUUAUCACUAAUCUUUCAGCCGAAAAGCAGGUGCAAUGCUCCAUUAUCCUGGAGGAACUGAACAGGAAAAUGCAGAUGGUUACGUGGAAACCAACAUAGUUUUUCGGAUCUCAAGCGAGCUGUACAUUGUUUAGGUUCUAGAAAUUCAUACCGUUUUUAUUGUUACAAAUCAAUAUUUAGUAAAAUAAUUUAUUGUAGUGAUCCAAUGUAUAAUAAAUGAAUGAGAAACAAAA